AUGAAAACAGGACGUGAUGCAAGAGUGUUCGUGAUGGUUUAUUUCAUCGUAAUAGGGACCACACUCAAAAGUGUGUCAUCAACAAAUGUAUCAGGGUUUAACGAGACGAACCCUCCAAAUGGAAAAGUUGAUGUGAAUUUGAAUAUCUCAAGAAUUGAACUGAACAGUACAGUUGAAGGCACAACAACAACCAAAAACAGUGACACGACAACUGAAACUGGCAACAGUGACAUGCAGGUUAAUGCCAACCACAGUGGCACAACAACUGUAGAUACAAUCAGUUUACCAAAUGAAGCGCAAAUAACUGAUAUGGCGAAUGCAAAUGAAGACAUUACAAAAGUAGUUGAUGGCACCGUCACUGUUAACGUAAGCACGACUGUCAAACCAAUCAAAAUGUUUAAAUUGACGUACAAAUAUUUCAUGAGUAUGGUAACAAAACUUGCAAAAUUAGGCAUCAUAAAGUUCUAUACUUUUAAAAUUGAUAAUGAUACUAUAGAUACAGUAACUAAUGACACAAAAAUCAUCAUAAAAUGGUCUGAGUAUGUUGAGCUAAUAAGGACGUUGUAUCUGAAGACUCCGAAUGCUAAGUGUACACCGCCAGUUGGUGAUCCAGUUACGGGCCUCAAACUACCGUUCGCAGAUCACGCCCGUGUAAUGCAGAUUUACGUCGCGGCUUCUAUCUGUGCCAUCGGUGCGGUAAGUAACAUUCUCGCAUACAUCGCACUCUCUCGACAAAAACAGAAUACUAGCGUGUUCACGAUGCGUUGCCUUGCAGUGAGUGAUUGCAUCUAUCUCAUGUGGAAUGGACUUUGGGAAGUUUUAUACUGGAUAUAUGGACACACAUAUUGGAUGGACAAGUCCGUGGGAGCAAGGUCGCAUCACAUCAGCCUCGCAUAUCCGUAUGUUUCUACAGUAGGGUAUAUGCUACAAAUGACAAGCGUCUGGCUAGUAGUUCUGGUGACCGUGGACCGUUUUGUAGCUGUUUGCUUUCCUCUGAGGGCAGUAUCACUAUGUACAAUAUUUCGAGCAAGGGUUCUCUGUCUUUCUGUUUUCAUUAUGUCUAUCAUUUACCAUAUUCCCAUGUUCUUUGAGUGGAAGAUGGCCUGGGCGAGGAAUAUGUGCAGCAGGAAAUUCGAAUACGUAUUAAGGUUCACGGACACUGGAGAGAACUUCUAUUAUCAGUUGAUUUACGGAUUCAUUUUGAAUCUCAUGUUUAAGAAUGUCGUACCGAUAUUGAUCGUCUUCAUAUUGAAUAUAAUGUUGAUUCGGGAUCUCUACCGAGCGAAGAGAGCGCGAAUGGAGAUUCAGAGUGGGGCUAACACACAUUCGAGACAAGAGAGAGACAUAACGAUGACUCUUCUUUCAGUCUCUACGAUCCUUGUUAUUUGUCUGAUACCAAGACUGGCACUGAAAGGCAUGCGAUUGGUGCUCUGGAUUCCAAAGACAAACGAAGAGAGGAUUGCCCAAUUUGGGUCCUUGGAGGCAUACGAUAACUACUAUUGGAGUUCGAACUACCUCUUUAUAGCUUCUGUGUUCUUAAUGAGGGCCAAUUCUGCCGUUAACUUUUUCAUCUAUUGCAUCGUUCGUAAGGAUUUUAGGAAAGAAUUGCGGGAUAUUUUUACCUGCAAUAAAAAGAAGGCGAGUAAAGCUCAAACCGACAAAAGUGCACGACUUAGCACACAGGGGCAAGGAACCAAGGAGUUUAGAGGAGAACUGAGAAAGGGUGAACAAUAUAUCCCACCAGGUGGGUCGGUGAAUGUUGGCUUCUCUUCUACCGACGGACCCAACAAUUCCACAAUUACAACGUUAGAUGUAAGUGAGUUUCAACAAAGAGCAGCACCAGAAUAUGGUGAAAGUGUCAGACUUUGAUAACUGGUCAUUGUU